AUGGCCACGCAUUAUGGAUAUACAGAUCCAACCCAAGGGCAAUCUCCAGUUUCUCUUCAUCCCUUUCUCCAAGAAUCAAGGUCAGCCUGGCCGGCUCGGAUGGAUUUUGAGCGGACCCAUCAGACCCAACAGAUUUUCCACGCGUUUGAAGCACAGCCCAUGAGCAUCCCGAGAAGUCUAAGCCCUCAAGGAGCCUACGGAAGUCCUCGCAUGACAAGUGGGCCUGAGAUAAUGAUUGAUGGUAUUGCUGCACGACCUCCACCGCCGAUCGAAAGGGACGUCUCAAAUCUAGGGUCAAUGAGCAGGGAACUGGCCAUUCAUCACCAUGAUCAUCCACUCCCAAGAGUCCCUCGCAGAUCACCACCUACAUGGGGAACGUCUCGCUAUCGCCAACAACAAAACCAGCGAUAUCGACGCUUCAAUCAUCACCCUCCAACACUCCGUAUCCCAGAGCCAAGUUACGACCCAAGGAGACAAACUGCCUACAGAGAAACAAGCCAAGACGCAAGAAGGAGAUCACCCGAUCCUCGUUACCCGCCCUCUCGGAACAGACCUUCUCCCCCUCUGUCAUCCCGCUGGCCAGCCAAUGCCCAUGACCUCCGGCACUCCACCUCCAUAAACUUCUCUCACUCUAGACGAUAUAGCCCAUAUCCACCCCCAGGCCACCGCAGACGGAGAUCCUCGUCUGACAGACGGCGCCCUGAACGAAGGACUUCCAGCCCGGGAUACCACCAUCGCCCGGAACGGGAGAGGGAGCCUUCUUUCCAGCCUCGCCGGCAAGAGAUUCGUGAGAGAGGCACACCUGGUGCGUCGGCUGUGAAUGCUUGA